GCUUUCGAUGAAUGCUCCUUUUCCAUUCUAUUUUGAUGUAUUAUUUACCAUGGAUGUGUUUACCUGCCGUCCCAGUGGCCAGCUGGUGGUGUGUGGCAUGCACAGCGUUUCAGGUUUCCAUUUCCAUGGUAGGUAGAGGGAGAGAAAGAGUAACGGAAGAUAACAUGGCGAACAACAAAAGAAGACGUAGAAUUUUGUUUUUGCAAGUUAAAUUUGUAACCUCACCAGGAGAAAUAUUGAGGUGGUAGAACUUAAGAAGCAGUGGCAUUCAUUCUGGAACACGUGCUUGAGCCUUGAGAUGUCAUUCCUACGGGCUAUACAGGUUGGCGUACAACGUUGUCCGUUUAUGUUCAUCAAGUCCCAGCCUGCAUUUCCUGAUCUCCGGGGAAUCCUCCUUAUGAUGAAUUUCUU